ACCCAAAACCCUACCAGUUAAAACCCUGCCUUCCAUUUCUCUGCUGUGAAAGAGAGAAACACUAACACAGAGAGAGAUAGGCUCAGCUACUCCUCAUUCGCCACCGCCCUAGUAAUGGCCAAUUCAGCUCAAUAAAGCUUGAAACAGAACGAAUUAUGGCAAACAAAAAGGGAAGGAAAAAUCAGCAGAGGUGCAACCAGGAAUUCCGAAAUGGCGAAGGAAUUUAUAAUACACGAAGCAGAGCUGCUAAUCAGAAGAGGAAGAGCAAGCCGAAUCAGCAGAUAUUUAUGAAUGAGGAUGAUUACAGGCACCGGCUUCAGGAGAUUUUGUACACUCCAGAGGUUAUAUUCGCCAAAAUUUUCAGGAAGGACGGUCCGCCGCUGGGCGAUGAAUUUGAUCCUCUCCCGUCCAACGCUUUCCCAGGAGGUCCCAGAAGGUCUCAUUUAGAAGAGAAUCGACAUUAUAAAAGAAGAAAGGUUUCCCUGCAUACCAUGUCAGACUAUGAUACUUGCUGCGAGGGAAGUCCACAUGCUCAGAGUCAUGGCAUGGGGAAAGGCCCAAUGACUGCGCAUGGUGGUCAAGUAAAGAAAUAUGGCAUGGGGAAAGGUUUAAUGACCAAAGACAGUGUUCGAAGACAUAAAUAUGGCAUUGGGAAAGGUUUGAUGAGUUCAAGAGAUUUUGAACAUGGUUCUUGUAGCAGUAGGAAUGUCAUUCAUAAGAAGAAGAAACGAGCACAGCCGCAUGAGUCUAUUCUGAAAAAAUUGGCAAACAGAGAAAGGGCUAAAAGGAAGGCUUCAUUGAGAUGUCGAAAGGUGGAACCCCAGAAAAUCCAGAAGCGGAAGAAGCCUCAUAAGGAUAGAUGUGAACUUGCUGUUGAAAAUGUGAAAUGUUUAGAAAACACAGAAUUUGCAAUGUUACUAGAUGACGAGGAACUGGAGCUUAGAGAAUUACAAGUAGGACCCAAUCCGUUAUCUUGUUCAGCUCAUUUAACAACCAGUGGUUCUCAUGGUUGUUCCUUUUGCAAAGACUUGCUUGCCAAAUUCCCUCCAAGCUCUGUUACAAUGAAACUACCAUUGUCAAUACAACCAUGGGCUUCCUCACCAGAAUUAGUAAACAAACUCUUUAAGGUAUUCCAUUUUAUUUCUACGUAUGCUGCAACAAUUGGCACACAUUCAUUUACCAUAGAUGAGUUUGCCCGAUCGUUUCAUGAUAAGGAUUCAUUGUUGAUUGGUCUUCUGCAUGUGGCCCUCCUCAGACUACUUUUUUCAGAUAUUGACAAGGAGAUAAGUAGAGGAUUUUUCUCACAUGCUAGCAAAAAUGGCAAGUAUUUGGAGUUGAUUCAUUCGCUUGAACAUCAUGGUGUGGUUUUGGAGUUCUGGAAAAAGUCACUGAACCUCCUGACAUGGAUAGAAAUAUUAUGUCAGGUGUUGACUGCAGCUGGUUUUGGUUCUAAGCUUAAUAUGACAAGAAAAGCAGCAUGCAUAAAGGAAGGCAAUGUCAUGGAUAAGUAUGGCUUAAAUCCUGGGACAUUGAAGGGAGAAUUAUUCAGUAUUUUGUUGACCCAAGGAAAUUAUGGUUUGGAAGUCUCUGAGUUGGCAAAAUCGUCAAGUAUUGUUGAUUUAAACCUCACGGAUACAGUCCAAGACUUGGAGAAUUUGAUCAUCUCAGCUCUCUCCAGUAAUAUAAAGCUGUACGAAAAGAUCUCCCAGUCUAGAUAUCGUUUGCGGAUCCACACUGUUGAAAAAGAAUGUGAAGAUUUUCGAUCUGAUUCUGAGGAUUUAGGGUGCGGAGAUGAUGUUUCUGAAGUUACUGGUGGAAAUGAUGCAAAUGAUUCUGAAUGCGAGUCUAGGGAUACCAGUCUCUCCAAAAGUGAUGUUAGUAAAUCAAACAGUCACAGUUUGACUGUAUACGAUGAGAUUGAUGAGAGCCAUCCUGGAGAAGUGUGGCUAUUAGGACUGAUGGAAGGUGAAUACUCAGACUUAAGCAUCGAAGAGAAGCUCAACGCCUUAACAGCAUUGGUUGAUCUAAUUCGUGCUGGAUCCAGCAUCAGAAUGGAGGACCCCUUGACCACAAGUGGAGAAUGUCCUCCAAACAUCACUCACUUUGGUUCUGGUGCUAAAAUAAAGAGAUCAAUGGUGAAGCCCGUGCCGUUGGGAACUUGUGAUUUGCAAAGAUCUAGUGGACUUGACAUAAGUACACCAGAACCAAUUGAUUCCUUGGUUCUUAUGUCAAAGAUUGUUGGCAUGGGGAACCAUGCAAACAUGAAAAACAAUGCAGACAAAAUGGAAGCAGAAGAAUUUUUACAUCCUAUGCAAUCUAUCUACCUUGGAUCUGAUCGUAGGUACAAUAGAUACUGGAUAUUCUUGGGCCCUUGUGAUGAAUUUGAUCCUGGUCACAGGAGGAUUUACUUUGAGUCUUCAGAAGACGGCCACUGGGAGAUGAUCGACACUAAAGAGGCUUUGUGUUCUUUGUUGUCUAAUUUGGAUCAAAGGGGUGCCCGGGAAGCUCGCCUUCUAGCUUCACUGGAAAAACGAGUAGCAAUUCUGAACCAAACAAUGUCCAGUGCACCAACUAAUAGUGGAAAUACUCAACUGCCCCAGUCUGAAUUGAAUACAUGUAGGGAAGAUAGCUCCUCACCAGUGUCGGACGUAGACAACCGCUCGAGCUUGGGAGAAAUGCAAAAUGAAUUCCUUGGCACUGCAGCUGUAGAAGCUGGGAAGAAAGGAGAAAAGCUAGUCGAAAACUCUGACGAUUCACAAGCUUUUGAUGCCUGGAUAUGGAAGUCAUUUUACUCAGAACUCAACAGCGUUAAAAAUGGCCAGAAGGCAUAUCUUGACUCACUCAGAAGAUGUGAUCGAUGUCAGGACCUCUACUGGAGAGACGAAAAGCACUGUAGAUUCUGUCAUGUGACAUUUGAGCUUGAUUUUGAUUUAGAGGAAAGAUAUGCUAUUCAUACUGCAACUUGCCAGGCAAAGAUUGAUGUAAAAAAAUGCCGAAGGCAGAAAGCUCUACCUUCCCAACUGCAGACACUUAAAGCUGCAAUCUAUGCAAUUGAGUCGGCUAUUCCAGAAGAUGCGUUGAUGGGGUCUUGGAAAAAGUAUGCUCAUAAUUUGUGGGUCAAUAGGCUGCGACGAGUCUCCAGUUUAAGAGAGUUUCUGCAGGUCCUCGCUGACUUUGUAAAUGCCAUCAAUGAAGACUGGCUUUACCAGACCAGUGCUACAGAUUCCUAUUACUCCGCAGAUGAAAUAAUUUCCAACUUUUCUGCCUUGCCGCAAACAUAUUCUGCAAUUGCACUUUGGUUGGUAAAAUUGGAUUUAUUGGUGGCCUCUCGGACUUAUGUUGAAACGGGUCAUUCUGUGGAUAAAUCAGUAACUGCUAACUAAGAGAAAGGUACUCGUUUCUCCAAAACUUCCCGCAACCUGGAAAAGUGACAUGAGAAAUGGGAGAAUUGUAAACUUCAUCAAAACCUUUAGCCAUAGCACAAGGAUCCCUGUCUGCUCAGGUUGAAGCAGCUGCAGGCAUUCUUCCAUUCUAAAGAGAAACAGAUCGCCUUGUUUGGGGCUGAGGUUGGAUCUCAUGUAUUCCAGUUAUUCUAAAUGAGUAGGUGGGAUUAUAUAGUUUAUACCCAAAUUUUGAUCGUUUACUCUGUGACGAACCUUACUGCUUGUAGAUAAAUAAAGGUCUGUGUUGUUAGUCA